GCACAUGAAUUUAUUUGGCUCAGGAUGCUGAAUGCCAGAUGGGUUUCCAGAGGUGCAAGGUGCAGCAUGGGCUGUGGCUGCUAUCAGGAGUAAUUUUGAGGGAACAAGGGCAGCUUUGUCAAAUAAAUACCUAGGAGCAAGGGCGCAGAUAUGAAUCAGGGGGGUUUGUUUUCAUAACUCACUUGGACAAGACAGAUUUCAAAUGGGAUGUACAGAGGCACCUGUGUGCUCAGAUACCCAGGUGCCUUUGAUUGCACGGAGAUGCGGGUGUCCUACCUGCCCACAGCCUCCACAAAGUCCCACUGGGCAUCCAGCUUUGUGUCUAUGCCUGUGUCUGCCUCACUCAGCCUACCUGCAGGCUUUCAGUAAAUGUGAGUUUUCUUCAGUGGGAUGCUGUCAGCUUGAGGUUUCUGUGUUUUCGAAAGCAGAUUUCCUCUUUUCUGUUACUGCUAAGUAUCAAAGGGGAAGAGCUGUUGGGAUUUUCCAUUUGCCUUUUAUUCAUCAUGCUGCUUUGUUUCCUCUUUGCCUUUCUACCGGCCUCGCAUAGUGAAAAUAAACCAGUUGGUUUUGUGUCACUUCUCUUCAAAUACAGCGUUCUUGUGCAGGAUGCAGUGACGUUUGGGCUUGCAGACAAUACAUGGAGUUGCAAUUUCCUUUGAAAAACAAACUCACCAUUGUUAUUUCUGUGGAAUUUCUUUAAUUUUGUGGAAGUCUUUGAUGCUCGACUGCAUCAAGCAUUGGAGCCAGCCUUCCUUAGGUGGGCCUUUGUACUCAUGAGUCACGGGGCAUAAGGAACGACCAGCAUGGUGGGAGAGGUUGGUCACUGGUUCUCAGGGUGUUCUGGUUGUUCACACCAUCACAGCUCUGCUGGAUAUGAAGAUCCUCCUGUGCAUGAGUUUGUCACUGAAACCUACAUCCACCUAUGCAGAGAUUCAGUCGUGGUCCAUCACGAUAUGCCCAAAACGAUGUGUUUGCAGGGUAGGAAGGUUCAGACCUUAAGAAAUAGAUGCACUUCCCAGUGCAGGAGUCGGUCUCUCCCUGGAGCAGCAGUCAAGCAGUUGGGAGCAGGAUGCAUUUGGCAUAGGGAUUGCAUUUUAUUUGCCCUGCAGUUGCUCUGUUCCUGCCAAGACUGUUACUGGAAAACAGUGUUUUUUCCAGUAAUGGUUGCUAAGCAGUGAGGUCUCAUGAUGGGCUUUAUCUGCUCAGCUGGGUCUGCAGGAAACAAUAAAGCCCCAGUGCAAAAUGAAAUGGGGAAUUGGUGGCUGUGCUGGGGCUUCCCUGUCUGCCAGGAGUGGCUGCUGGGGGACAGUGAUAGCGGGGGGUGAUUUCUCCCCCAGCCGUCGCAGGGCUCCCCGCUCCUUGGGUGUGUGGGGAUGCUCUUCUGUCACCCAUCAGCGGUACAUUUAAGCUGCUCAGCUGCCGUUGCUGGAGGAUCUGGGAUCGUAGCAGUUUCCACUCGUGGCAGCCAGACUGGAGAAGUAGGAUGAAGCUGUCGUUCAAAACUCUGCGUGGGAUUGUCCUGUCUCGGCUGGUUUGAUGCCGGGGGAAUCUUUGCCUUGUACUGCUGAAAAUCUCCCAAUGGGAAAUUGUUCAAAACCACUUUGCUGGUUUCUGUUGGAGGACUGUGAUGUUCCCCGGUGUUUCAUGCUGGUUGCUGGGGAGACUGGUGGGUGGACAGACCAGAGCUGGUGAGGAGGAGAAGGUUUCACGUUGUCUCUAGGACUGUGUGAAUGCCCACGACAUCUGGCUGGUUACCUGGCCACAGCGUUCCAUGCACAGUCUUCAUGUCCCGUCAGCCCUGUCCACUGCAUCCCGUUGCUGUCAGUUUGAGACAGUUCUCUGGAGCAGCUGUUUUUUCAUCCAACCUCUGUUGCUAUGCCUGGCAUCAAUCCUGGGACUCUGCACUUGUAGUUUUCCUUUCCUUCACAGUCUGCCUUUGUGGUUUGUGACUCUUCCAGAGGAUUUAUCCCUUUAGCAUCUUUACAGCUGCCUGGUGGGAGCUUGCUGGGCUCUGGGGACCAGCAAAGUGGAUUGAGCCCCUGCCAGUGCUCUGGAGUUACAUCAUCUGUCAUCUGUCCUUUGCUGUUAUUGUGAGGUCUGGGGAAGCCCUGCAGACCCAGACACCAGCAGAUGAUGGGACUUCCACACCUCCAUGCCACCUCGCAGAGAUUCUUGUUCCCAUGGGAAAGAUCAGUCGCUGAGCAGGAUGAUGAGUGGGUUCCUGGGACUGGUGGAGGUUCUGGCACUUGAGUGUGAAAUCUGUGUCCUUCUCAGGAUGUUGGUGCAGUCACUUAGGCCCAUUGAAAGGUGAAAUCAUGGCCAAGCCCAGCUUAUUACUGGAAAGUUGUUGUUGGAAAGCUGUGCCCUGCCGACCUGCUGCUGCGGGGAGGUGAGUAACCUGAGCUGGGGCUAAAGUGGGGGUUUGAAUCGCCUUUCCUGGAACCAGAACUGUGGGCACUGCCUGUGCUGGAGGCACAUCUCCUUACUGCUGAUGGCAACGUGAAACGUGGGACUGUCCUCCAUGGGAGCACACGUUAUAUUGAGUCAGCAAGACAUCACGUACAUAGAGGCACAGUAACUGGCCCUGCCGGGGUGUUCCCUGGGCUGUGGCACUACCUUUCUGCUAUGAAAAGAGCCAGACAGUUGCCAAAAUGCUGUCAGCCAGAAACUGGGAGGUGGCCCUGGAAAUAUUGCUUUGUCCGUGCGCUGUAGCCGUGAUCUCCCAUCUCUCUUUCCCUGCAAGGCCGUUCCCGGGGCUGCUGCAGCGCUGGUCUCUGCGUCCUGUGCUGCUGCUCGUCUUGGCAGUACAGUGGUUGAAACUUCUGUCUGAUUUCCAGUUAAAACUUAUUUAUGGUGCGUUUAUCCCUAUCUGGUGUUGUUCCAGGCUUGUCCAUUAGUUCCCAUUGCUGCUCUGGUUUUCUCACCCUUGUGUUUCUCCUGGGAGCUGGACCCUGCCGUGGUCCCAUGCGCUGCCCCAGCAUGUUGGGCAGAUGCCCAACUCUAACUGUGAGCAGCACGAAGGCUCCGUGUGUACGUGAGACCCGUCUAACCCCAGCGUCUUGGACGGCUCUGGUUCCUCUGCAGAUGACUCAGCCCAGCCGGGAGGCCAGGAGGGAGCGGGGCUGGCGCUGAGCGGGGCUCACCAAGUCCAGCUUACCUAACACCGCAGGAAUGCUGGGCUCAGCAGGGCGCCUUGGUGCUGCUCUGAACCCAGGCGUGCUGCGUGUGGGCAGUGGCUGAGUUUGGGAAAACCAGGACAAGGCUGCACCGUCCCAGAGCUUUGCCCGGUUGGGAGCAAGGGGCAGCCCUGAAGUGGGACAAAAAAACCCGAAAAUGAAACAGAAACCCACCACGUUUUGUGCCAUAUUCCCUUGAGCAAAACUCUGUUUUGGAGUUCAGGCUCUCUGGUGGAAAAGGCAGCUGGUGCCAGGCUCACCUGGGCAAAACUUUCCAUACAGAAUUGACCUACAAACAAAGUGAUCACCAAUAUUCACUGUCUCUCAAUGCCAUGCUGCAUUUUCAGUGCCGUAACGUUCCCAAGUGCUCUCUGAAUGUGAAUUAUUUAAGCCUCACUGUGGUCCUGGGAGUGCAGGAAGGCAUUGAGCUGAAACUGCCGCUGACAAUGGAAAGCAGGGAUGGACACAGAGAAGGGAAGAAAAGGGGAGGCUCCAGCUCGGAUCAGUCUCUCUGUGUCUCACACCCUCUCAUCCUUCCAGCUCUGCUCGUUUGCCUGCCACAACAGCCAGAGGGAAAUGCUGUAGCUACUGCAGGCACAGUUUGAUCAUAAUCAGAAAUCAACAGCAGGCAGGACCUGUUGUGUCUCGGAGACAAUGCAUGGGGUUUGUGAGUGCCGCAUGUCGAUGAGGAUGGAAGCCUCGUGCCGGUGCAAAAAGCAGCAGCCGGAGCCAGCGCCGAGAUCGCCCUGAAAGAAAGGAGCGGCUGGGGAAGGCGGCGUGCCGUGGCACGCUCGCAAAGGGCUGUUUCACCGACCUCGGGAGCAUCGCCGGCUACACACGCGCACGCACACAGGCGCACUCGCUCACACACGCGCACACACAGCCUCUCGGUGCGGCUUCUCGCAGCUCUUUGAUUUGCAAGGAAGGAAGUAAGACCUCUUAGAGCAGCAGAAGCGGCAGCUGUUGACAAGAUGCGCUGACAAAAUCGAGCGGGGAGAGAUCUCCAAGCCGUUUCGCUGCCUGGGCUGGACCCUGCUCCUGGCAGAGGAGCCGCGGAGGAGAGGGAGAAGGAUGAGCAGCCCCUCCAUCCCUGGGAAGAUGGAGGCAAAACCUUUGUUCAACGUGCAGAAGGCUCUGGUGCAGCCCGUGCAGAUGUGCAUGCUGGAUAUCCCCCUGAGCGUGCAGGAUGAUGAUAGCUCCACACAGGAGAUCGGAGAAGAGCUGGAGGAUGGUGUGAUCUACAGCAUAUCGCUCCGGAAAGUGCAGCUCCAUCACACGGCCAACAAAGGGCAGCGAUGGCUGGGGUUUGAGAACGAGUCAGCCUUAAACCUCUACGAGACGUGUAAGGUGCGGACGAUAAAAGCUGGGACCUUGGAGAAGCUGGUGGAGUACCUGGUCUCAGCCUUCAAGGGCAAUGACUCCACCUACGUCACCAUCUUCCUGUGCACUUACCGGGCCUUUGCCACCACCAAGCAAGUGCUGGACCUUCUGCUGAACAGGUACGGCAAACUCCACGUGCAGGCAAAUGGGGACCACGCCAGGCACACCGUGGACGAGAGGACGGAGCUGAAGAACACCAUCUCCUCCAUCCUGGGUGCCUGGCUGGACCAGUACUCAGAGGACUUCCGCAAGCCCCCGGACUUCGCCUGCCUCAAGCAGCUCAUCUCCUACGUGCACCACAACAUCCCCGGCUCAGACCUGGAGCGCAGAGCCCGCAUCCUGCUGGCCCAAUUCCAGCAGCAAGAGCAGAGCGAGUCCGAGGGGGAAGCUGUGGACCACGGUGGCUGCACCUUCCAGCUGGUGGAGGAGAACGGGGUUGGGGAUGGGAAGCCAGAUUUCCUCUCCUUCUCCCCAGAGAUGGUGGCAGAACAGUUCACGCUGAUGGAUGCUGAGCUGUUUAAGAAAGUGGUGCCUUACCACUGCCUAGGCUGUAUCUGGUCCCAGCGAGACAAGAAGGGCAAAGAGCACCUGGCACCCACCAUCCGUGCCACGGUCUCACAGUUCAAUAGCGUGGCCAACUGUGUCAUUGUCACGUGUCUUGGAGACCGGUCCCUGAAGCCACAGCAGCGGGCCAAGGUGGUGGAGCGGUGGAUUGAAGUGGCUCGGGAGUGCCGCAUCCUGAAGAACUUCUCCUCCCUCCGAGCCAUCCUCUCGGCUCUGCAGUGCAACGCCAUUCACCGGCUGAAGAAGACCUGGGACGAGGUCCUGCGGGAGAGCAUCCGCACUUUCCACGAGCUCUCUGAGAUCUUCUCUGAUGACAACAACCACUCGCUGAGCCGGGAGCUGCUCAUCAAGGAGGGCACAUCCAAAUUUGCCACCUUGGAGAUCAACCCGAAGAGGGCUCAGAAGCGGCAGCAGCAGCAGCGAGAGAUGGGUGUGAUGCAGGGCACCAUCCCCUACCUUGGCACCUUCCUCACAGACCUGGUGAUGCUCGACACUGCCAUGAAGGAUUACCUGGAUGGUGGGCUGAUCAACUUUGAGAAGAGAAGGAAGGAGUUUGAAGUCAUUGCCCAGAUCAAGCUGCUUCAGUCAGCCUGCAACAACUACAGUUUCACACGGGAGGACCAGUUUGUGGACUGGUUCCACGGCCUGGAGCGGCUCAGCGAGGCUGAGAGCUAUGGGCUGUCGUGUGAGAUCGAGCCGCUCUCAGAGUCAGCCAGCAACACGUUGAAAGCAAAGAAGAACACGGGCAUCAUCAAGCGAUGGAGCGACCGGCAGCCGCCCAGCUCUGAGCCCUGCGCCAGCGGCAGCUCCCACUCAAAAUCCUUCGACCAGCUCAAGUGCGGGCAGUACCUGUGCAGCGGGGACACCACCGACUCGGUGAGCGUCACCUCCGCCGGCUCCAGCAGCUCCGACGUGGAGGAGAUCAACAUCAGCUUCAUUCCCGAGUCCCCUGACUGCCAGGAGAAGAAGGUCAGUGAGAUCCCUCUGGCCUCCCUCCCCCAGCGCUGGUACGCCCCGUCUGUGGCCGACGGAGAAGCUAAAACCACUGUGUCCUCCGCAUCCCCUCUCCUCCCUGCCCUCCAGUUCUGGGAAUCCACCUCUCUCUCCUCCCUGGACACGUCGGGUAUUGGCUCAGGCUCCAGCAGUGCCUCAUCCUCUUCUGUCUCCUCCACGCCGGUGACGGCCUCCCGCACCCACAAGCGCUCGGUCUCCGGCAUCUCCAGCUACUCCUCCCUCUCGCUGCCCCUCUACAACCAGCAAGUCGACGACUGCUGCAUCAUCCGCGUCAGCCUGGCCGUGGACAACGGCAACAUGUACAAGAGCAUCCUGGUGACAAGCCAGGAUAAGACCCCAGUUGUUAUUCGCAAAGCCAUGGCCAAACACAACUUGGAUGGAGACCGGCCUGAAGACUAUGAGCUUGUUCAGAUCAUCUCAGAGGAGAGAGAGCUGAAGAUCCCUGACAACGCCAAUGUCUUCUACGCCAUGAACUCCGCUGCCAACUACGACUUCGUGCUGAAGAAGCGAGGCUUCUCCAAGGGGGUGAAGAUCAAGCACGGCUCCAGCUCCACCCUGCCCAGGAUGAAGCAGAAAGGCCUGAAGAUCGCCAAGGGCAUCUUCUAGCCUCAGCCCCACUGCCACCCAUCACCGACGGGGCCUUGGGGACAGGCUGCUCUGUGCUCAGCUGUGGCCGGUCCUUGUGCCACCCGGCCUGGCGAGAGGAGCGACCCUGCCCCGCGGGGGACAGCCGUGCAUCUCCUCCUGCACGGAGAGCCGGGGUGCUUUGGCAACCUGUGUCAACCUCUGCCUCUCUCUGCACAAGCUCCCGUUUCAAUCAGGUGUUUUUCUCUACACAGGAAGGCAGCGGAGGGGAUAUCUCUCUUUUCUCUUUUUAACCUUCCACGGUGUGACACUAGUCCAGCCACCAGCCAGCCCAGAGCUGGAGCCCGCCUCUGCCGUAGGUGCCUUGUGUCCCAGGGAGCCGGGGAGCAGUGACAUGCAGAGGGGCAGUUUGCAAGGAGCAGAGCACGAGUCAUCGCCUCUCCCACUUGAGCUGUGCUGCCCAUGGGGCACUCCUGUUCCCGGCUUUCCCAGCUCCCAGCAUUGUUGUACCUCUCCAUCCUUCCUCCGGGGGAUAACCGGCAUCACCACCGCCACGUCUCUGCCCGUCCUUCCCCUGGGAGAAGCCACGGAGAAGACGCAGCCCUGUGCUCGGAGCCCCGUGGAAGGUGCUGUGUCUGUGUUGUGAUGGAGCUGGUGCCUCGUGCUCUCGACGACUGGAAGCCUGCAUGGAAGCCUGCAUGGUCUCGCUCCUCUCCCCAAUCCAGCACAUCCUCCAGCUGGACUUCGCCGGCCCGUGUUCAAACCUGCACCAAAGAUCAAACGCCAGUGUCUCUUCUGCUGGUGGGGGAAGCUUUGCACGCCUCCCUAUGCCCCCAGCGCUGCCAGCGUAACGAGGAGGAGGAGAGCGAAUUUCUGUCCGAACUUGUGCAAACAGAGACUUCGGGUCUGCUGGGCAGGCGAGGAGCCAGAGAGCUCAGGGUGCUCCAGGUGCCACUGCCUGACCCGCAGAAAGUGCCACUCACCUUGGGCUUUAACCAGACUUUUUCAAACACUGACCAUGGGAGAAGCAGCAAUGAGACUUUUUUUUGUAUAAAACAAAGUUUACUGAUUUUUUUUUUUUUUUCAAUAUUUAUUGGUUGUAAAUAGAAGAGACGAACUUGUACAUUUUACUAAUCCAGCCUCCCCCUGCCCUGCAGCCCAGUCCCUCUCCACUCCCCACCCUGGUGUUUAACGCUGCUGGGAGGGACAUUGGCAGCAGCAGCAUCACUCUGUUGUGCUCGUGGGGCACAGACCCCACCGGCCACCCCCUCCCUUCCUCCUAUACCACUACUCACCCGAGCAGCAGCAGAGAUACUUGUUUUAAUCAUUGUAGGAAACACUAACCGAAGGGGGACCUUUUUUUGCUUCUGGUUCCAUCUGUUGUUUUUUUUUAAGCGCUUUGUUCCUUUCUGUUCCCUGUCUGUGGGUGCUGUGCUGCCAGGUGAGUGCAGCACCUUCCCCAGCUCCAGGAGAAGGGCCUGGGUGGCACCUGGGGAUCUCCCAGCCCCGUGUCCCCUCGGGCGGCAUCACCCAUCACUGCACAUGAUGGGAGCCCCUGGCUCCCUGACGCAGGGGCAGCCUCCUGCCUCCCCCCUGCCCAAAGCCCAGCGCCUGCCUUUGUUUUCCAGCACCCCAGGGUCUUCCCUCUGCUUCAUACCUGCCAGCUCCUGCCCGCACCUUCCCUUCCCCUCCCACCAGUGUCCCCCAGCAGCCCAGUGUCACCAGAGGGACCGGCUGUACCAUAUGUAUUUUGUACCACUUCAAUGAAGGAGCACACCGCCCGGUGUGACUUGUACACAGCAAUGUAAUUAGUCUUUGCAAUAAAAUACUGAUGCUCAAA